CGUAUAAAUAACGCGAGUUCUUCCGUUACAAACAUUAUCGAGUUUGUACACAAACAGCAAACAUGUACAAGGCUGUGCUUUUGGUCUGCGCUCUGGGGCUCACGAUCCAGUCCAUUGCUGGAGCUUGCAUUGGAGCUGGAUUAGGUGUCGGACCCUUCGGUGUUGCUGGUCCUCUUGGUCUAGCUGAACCUUUUGGUCUCGGCGGACCUUUGGGUCUUGCUGGUCCCCUAGGUCUCGCUGAACCUUUUGGUCUCGCUGAGCCCUGUGGUCCAGGUCUAUUAGGUGCUCCUUACGGAGCAUACGGUGCUUACGGUCUCGGCUACGGCAUCGGCAACUACGCUGGACCUUUCCGUGCUGGUUAUGGAUUCAACACUCUCAUCUAAUCUAUAGGCUUUUCUUGAUUUUAAAUUACCGUCAUUCAUUAUCACUGUCGGCUCAUACUUUCAACUUUAAAUAUACUUUUCAAAGAAAAUUACGAUGAAUAUUACAAUAUCAAACAAUACAAGAACAUAUAUGUAUUUAUCUUCCAUAAUAAAAUAUUUAUGAUA